AAGGAGGUUGACAAAUAAACCCAGAAAAGAAAGAAAACCAAAAACUCAAAAUGGAAGAAGCCCACAGCUUCAUGAUUGCACUUGUUUCUUCUUGUUGUGUUGUUCUCUCAGUAUUGGCAUGGAGAGUGUUGAACUGGGCAUGGUUUCAGCCCAAAAAGCUCCAGAAGCAUCUCAAACAACAAGGUUUUAAGGGGAACCCUUACAAACUGAUCUAUGGAGACUUAAAACAGAUAUCAUCCUUGUUCCAAGAAGCCAACUCAAAGCCUAUCAGUCUCUCUGACGGCAUUGUACCAAGAAUUGCACCUCAUUUCCUAGAAGCUGUUAAUAAAUAUGGUAAGAAUACCUAUUUGUGGUCUGGGCCAAGACCAAUGAUACUGAUCAUGGAUCCUGAACUCAUAAGGAAAGUUACCCAAAAGAUGGAUAUUUUUCAAAAGGUUAAAUUCCAUCCACAAGCCAGCUUGCUGGUCGCAGGGAUACUGGGCUAUGAGGGGGAGAAAUGGGUAAAGCAAAGGAAACUCCUCAAUCAAGCUUUCCACAUGGAGAAGUUGAAGCUUAUGGUACCAGCAUUCUACAAAAGUGCAAGUGAGAUGUUGAGCAAAUGGGAGGAGAUGAUUUCAGUGAAAGGGUCAUUUGAGGUUGAUGUUUGGCCCACUAUUCAGACUAUGACUAGCGAUGCAAUUUCACGAACAGCAUUUGGCAGCAGAUAUGAGGAAGGAAGAAAGAUAUUCGAGUUACAGAGAGAACAAGCUGGACAUCUGGUCUUGGCUACAAGGUCCAUAUACAUUCCUGGGUCGAGGUUCUUGCCAACUAAAAGGAACAGAAGAAUGAAACAAAUUGCAAAAGAAGUUGAAGGUUCAAUCAGGGAAAUUAUCAAUGCAAGACUAAAGGCACUGAGAGCAGGAGAAGCCAUUGAUACUGACAUGUUAGGUUUAUUACUUGCCACUUCUCAAGAAACUGGCGGGGAAUCUGGCAUGACUACAGGAGAAAUCAUUGAAGAGUGCAAGCUGUUCUAUGUUGCUGGGCAGGAGACCACUGCUGUGCUGCUUGUUUGGACAAUGAUCUUACUGAGCAUGCAUCCUGACUGGCAAGAACGUGCAAGAGAAGAGGUUUUGCAACAUUUCGGGACUAACAUGCCAAACUUUGAUGGACUAAAUCAGCUAAAGAUUGUUACAAUGAUCUUACAUGAGGUUUUAAGGCUAUACCCACCAAUUUCUAAUAUAGGUCGAACAGUUGCAGAAGAAACUAAAAUAGGAAAUCUAACUAUCCCUGCUGGACAGCGACUGGCACUACCAGUGAUAUUAUUGCAUCAUGACCCUGAAAUAUGGGGCGAGGAUGUCAAGGAAUUUAAGCCAGAGAGGUUUGCUGAUGGAGUCUCAAGUGCAACAAAGGGCCAAAUUGUAUACUUCCCAUUUGGCUGGGGACCUCGUAUCUGCAUUGGCGCAAACUUUGCUAUCUUGGAAGGAAAAUUGGCACUAGCUAUGAUUCUGCAGCGCUUCUCGUUUGAACUUUCGCCAUCUUAUUCUCAUGCCCCUCACCAAGGCAUAGCACUUCAACCCCAGUUCGGGGCUCCCUUGAUGUUGCACAAGCUGUAGUGUAUUUUACUGGUGAGGGUUCCUCCUGAUUAAUUAGAACUUGGAGGACAUGAUUCACAAUUUCAUUCAGAUUUGGCAUCAGACCAUUUUAUGUGUGGAACUUAGAAACUCAGUGGAGGUUGAAUGUAUGACAAUAAUAUCCUAAUUUUCUAUGCUUCAAGAAAUCAUAGCCUUGGUAUUU